AUGCACUGGACAAAGGACAUUAUCGCCCUGCGUGCCCAACAGCGCACACUUCAAAUCUUCGACCUAGGCGCAAAGGCCAAGCUCAAGUCGGCCACCAUGAACGAGGACGUUGUCUUCUGGAAGUGGUACAGCGACAAGAGUUUGGGUCUGGUCACAGAGACUAGUGUCUACCACUGGGACAUCUUCGACCCCAGCCAGGCCGCUCCCGUAAAGAUGUUUGACCGCAACUCAAAUCUGGGCUCUCAGAUCAUCAACUACAGAGUCAGCCAUGACGAGAAGUGGAUGGUUGUCGUCUCCAUCUCGUCGGCAGGAGGUCGCGUCGUCGGAAACAUGCAACUCUACUCUCGCGACCGUGGCAUCAGCCAGGCAAUCGAGGGUCAUGCUGCUGCUUUCGGCACAAUUCGCUUGGAGGGCGCACCUGCAGACACAAAGGUCUUCACCUUCUGCAACCGCACUGCCACCGGCGCCAAGCUCCACGUUGUCGAGAUCGACCACCAGCAAGGCAACCCCGUCUUCCCCAAGAGAGCCGUCGACGUCUACUUCCCGCAAGAAGCCGCCAGCGACUUCCCCGUCUCCAUGCAGGUUUCGGAGAAGUACAAGGUCAUUUAUUUGGUGACCAAGUACGGUUUCAUCCACCUGUACGACUUGGAGACCGGCACCGUUAUCUUCAUGAACCGUAUCUCGAGCGAGACAGUCUUCACCACCUGCCCCGACAGCGAGUCUUCCGGUAUUGUCGGAAUUAACCGCAAGGGUCAAGUCCUGUCCGUCAGCCUUGACGAGAACACCGUCAUCCCUUACCUACUGCAGAGUCCCGAGAACGCCGAGCUUGCCUACAAGCUUGCUUCGCGUGGUGGUCUCCCCGGUGCUGACCAGCUCUACCAGCAGAGAUUCGAACAACUCCUGUCCUCCGGUCAAUACGCCGACGCCGCGAAGACCGCUGCCAACUCUCCUAAUGGCUUCCUCCGCACACCUCAAACCAUCGAGCGCUUCAAGGCCCUGCAGGCCCAACCUGGACAACUCUCCGUCAUUCUCCAAUACUUCGGAAUGCUGCUCGACAAGGGCAAGCUCAACCAGCACGAAACUCUCGAGCUAGCCAGACCCGUUCUGCAGCAAAACCGCAAGCACCUUCUUGAAAAGUGGAUGAGCGAGGGCAAGCUUGGUUGCUCCGAGCAGUUGGGUGAUAUCGUUCGUCUGCACGACCUGAACCUGGCUAUGCAAAUCUACAGGGAGGCCGGAUGCCCUCAAAAGGUCAUCGCUGCAAUGGCAGAGUCGGGCAACUUCGACCAAAUUCUUUCGUACUCCAAGGAGGCUGGCUACACACCCGACUUCAACGCUCUUCUUCAGCACAUCGUCAGAGUCAACCCCGAGAAGGGUGCCGAGUUUGCAACUGCCUUGGCCAAGGAGGACGCCAACCUCAUCGACACAUCUCGUGUUCUCGACGUCUUCAUGGCUCAGGGCAUGAUCCAGCAGGCUACUGCAUUCGGUCUCGAUGUUCUGUCUGCAAACAGAGAAGAGGACGGUCCCCUCCAGACUCGCCUGAUUGAGAUGAAUUUGAUGAACGCUCCCCAGGUUGCUGACGCUAUCCUUGGUAACGAGAUGUUCACCCACUAUGAUCGUCCUCGCAUUGCCACACUUUGCGAGCAGGCUGGCCUGUACACAAGAGCUCUGGAACACUAUGAGGAUCCUGCUGCCAUCAAGCGUGUCAUUGUCCAGUCUGACAAGAUUCCUGAGGAGUUCUUGGUCAACUUCUUCGGCAAGCUCACUCGAGCUGUCGAUGGAGUGCAUGGACGAGAUGCUGAAGGUCAACAUCCGCCAAAACCUUGCCGCCGUCAUCAAUAUCUCAAAGAAGUACUCUGA